AUGGAGGAGCCUCCUAGGAAAACUGCCCGUGUUGUUGGUCCUUCUGCUGAACCUACUGCUUCACGGGAUCGUAGCUCCACUCAUGCUUCUAACCGCAAACGAUCAGAAGAGGCUAAUAGAGGAAGGGGUAGGAAUGCUGAACAAGAGCCUGCUGUACAGGAUCAGCAGGAUGAUGAGAUUAUGGCUGAUCAGCAGGAAGAUGACAUUGAGGCGGAGGAGACUAGUGGUGAGGAGGAGGAAGAGGAGGCUGAGGAGGAUGUCGGUGCUGACAUUGAGGCGGAGUUUGAGGAGGAGUCUGGUGAUGAGGACGAUGAGAACAGGUUGUGGUAUCAGGGAGGUCCGUUUGACCUUUGCUUGUUGACUAAGUAUGGCGAACAUAUAGCUCGUGACAUAUGGAGGUCAUACAAACGGCGAAAUUAUGAGACUAGAGGCGUGCUCAAGACCUAUAAUCAUGGGAGGAUGUGUCAUCAUGUAGUUCAUCAUGCUCGGUACAUAAGGGGGGCGGUGCAUGAUGCAGGUUUGCGGUGGGUGAUGAAAUGCACAAGCCUAAGUGUUGACCAGAGCAUUAUUUCUGCUUUUGUUGAGCGAUGGCAUCCUGAGACGUCGUCUUUCCACUUACCCUGGGGGAAAUGA